AGCGAGCGCACCGCCUUCACCCAGACCCUCCGGGUGGGAGGUCAGGAGCGCGGCGGGCGGGCGGGCAGGGGGCGGCCCUCCGAGCCUCCGCUCCACCUCCAGGCUCCACUCCCCUGGCUGCGAACCGAGCCCUGUGCCCCAUGGCCGGCCCAGCUACCAUGGCCCAUUACAAGGCUGAGCAGGAUGACUGGCUGGUUGUCUACCUGAAGUAUUUACUCUUUAUCUUCAACUUCUUCUUCUGGGUGGGGGGGGCCGCCGUCCUGGCCGUGGGUGUCUGGACGCUGGUGGAGAAGAGCGGCUACCUCAGCGUCCUGGCCUCCAGCACCUUCGCCGCCUCCGCCUACAUCCUCAUCUUCGCGGGCGCCCUUGUCAUGGUGACCGGCUUCCUGGGCUUCGGUGCCAUCAUCCGGGAGGACAGGAGCUGCCUCUCCACGUAUUUCUGCCUGUUGCUGGUGAUCUUCCUCGUGGAGCUGGUGGCGGGGGUCCUGGCCCACGUGUACUACCAGAGGCUGAGCAAUGAACUGAAGCAGCACAUGACCCGGACGCUGGCUGAGAACUAUGGGCAGCCUGGAGCCAUGGAGAUCACCACCUCCGUCGACCGUCUGCAGCAGGACUUCAAGUGCUGCGGAAGCAACAGCUCUGCCGACUGGCAGCACAGUGCCUACAUCCUGUCCCGGGAGGCCGAGGGCCGCCGGGUGCCCGACAGCUGCUGCAAGACGGUGGUAGCGCGCUGCGGCCAGAGGGCCCACCCCUCCAACAUCUACAAGGUGGAGGGAGGCUGCAUCACCAAACUGGAACAGUUCCUGGCCAACCACCUGCUGCUCAUGGGAGCAGUGGGCAUCGGGGUGGCCUGCCUGCAGAGACAGGAAGGAAAAUGCCUGGGGCCGGGGGGCCAACUUGAACUUGUAAGGAACAGAGACCUGAGAGGAGUGUGAGUGGGCUCAGACCUGCGGAAUGGUUCUCACCUGCUGCUUGCACCGGAGGCUCCAGCUGCAUGUUCACUAACGGCCCAUCCUGUCCCCCUCCAACUGCCCCCCACAAGGACAGGGGUCCAAAUCCCAUCUGCCAGACCCGCAGAGCCAGCAUAGCUCAUCUAGAAACUCCCAGAAAGUCCCCAUCCCUGGUGCCCACCCUUCAGACCCACCAAGUGCUCAAGACCACGGCUCUUAAAGUUCCCACCAGACGGGAACCCUCCAUUUCUGAGUGCUCACUGCCAGCCCAGGCGGGGACUGGCCCUGCCAGGGGCAGACAGGAGGCUCCCAAGGACCACAGGAAGGUGAGAGAGUUGGACUCUCUGCUCCCUCCCAGCUCCUGAAACGACAUCGAAGGACUACAAACCUUGACCCCUCUGGACCGGGCGUUCAGCAUGACCCGAUGGGUGCUGAACAGCCCUCUUCUCGCCUCUGCCUAGGUUUGGGGGCCUUGCUCUGGCCUCCCGGAGAUGCAUCACGGUGGGCAGUUAGGGGUAUCUCUGCUCCCAGAAGGCCCAGGCCUCUGAUCUGCCUACCCCAAGGCCUUCUCACGGGAGAGGAGUGUCUCCAUGGCCUGGCUCCUUCCUGCAGGGCCUGAGAGUGGAGAGAAUGAGGUGAGGCCGCUGGGAGCUGGAUGUGGGCAGUGGUAGAGGGUGGGGCUUCAGCCAGGGCGCGAGGGGGCUGGGGGCGUAGAGAAGGCGGGGAGUUGGCCCUACCUGCAUGUGCUGCAGCAGGAGCCUGCACCGCCUGGAGGCCUUCCCCGGGAGUGGAGCCCUGGGAGAAAGGCCCCGAGCCCCAGCCUCCAGGAAUCUCCUGUGUAGGGCCUGAUUCUCAGAACGGCCAGGGUUUUAAACCUUUGGGGGUUAAUGUGGGCGAGUGUAAAACUCCUCCCGAUUGGACCCAAUCACAGAGCCUGAAACGCUGGAGCCACUGAAAAGGUAAAGCUCCAAGUCAAGGGGUGCUCUGCCCUGAACCUCACUUGUCCUGUGUCAGGCUCCCUGACCACGAGGCCUUGCUCUGCUCCCGGAGUGAGCACAGUCCCUCCCUCCGGUCCUGCCUCGCUGUCUGAAUUGGGCAGGGGAUCCUCAGGAAGAACUUCCCGAUACUGAGGGAGAACAGAAAGCAAAGCCUAGAAAUGCAGUGCAGAUGCUGACAGUUUUCCUUCGACAGCCGAAGCCCUCUCCCCCACACCCAGCCCCCUGAGGCUAUGACAUGGUGCUCCAACAGGAAGACCCCACACCCGCUUCCACACCUGCUCUUCCCGGGUCCUGGGGACCCUCUUCCCGCCCCACCCAUGAGAGGUGGGCCCUUGUUAUGCUAAAACCAGGGCCAAGGAAGGUCACCUCCUGCCUCCCCACUGGGUCCAGUCCCAGUGUGACAAGCUCAGCUCUGGCUGAGCCGGGUCAGUCCUGGGUGAAGGGUAUUCUCUCUCCCAUACACAGGUCCCUGCUAUCCCCAGCUCAGCCCUCAAUUGAGCAGAAGCUGCACACCCUCAGAGCACAUUGCCUCCCUGCCUCCCUGCCUCCGGGGCUGGUGGGGACCCUGGCUGGCUUAGCUCCUCCACCCAGAGGGCCUUGGGGUGGCUGAGAAAAAUUCAUUAGGAGGGAGGCCAGCUUUGCUAGCAACCCCAGGCUGCAUCAAGGACAAAAGAAACGGUGGUGUGGUCAUCUUUGCUGCCCUCCAGCUUCCCGGGACUCAUGCAGAUAGAUAAAAGGUGACGGUGAGGCCAAGCUCUUUGCAGGGACAGAAGUCAGACGACAGGUCUCACAGGGAGAGAGAGAGAGAGAGAGAGAGAGAGAGAGAGAGAGAGAGAGAGAGGAGAGAGAGAGAGCUCUUCCUGCCAGGGCCGAGGGAGGCGGCAGUGGGAGGGGUGUUGGCCUGUUACAUGCCUGCCCCUCCUGGGUCCCUUCACUUUCCUGAGGUGCCCCAGCCUGUGCAGAUGGGGAUGGGGUGCCGGGCCUUGUCACUGGGGGAGACCCUGGAGAGCUGACUUCCUGCCCCACCUCCUGUGCUGACGAGGCAGAGGCUGGGGGAGCUGUGGCUCCUGUGCUGGGCAUCGUCUUGGGAGCACUUCCGAGGAACCGGGCUGGUCCAAGCCGCAGAGGGACAGAGCAGCCCAGAAUUUUGGGGACUGGGACCUCUUUGUUCAUGCCUACGGCCUGGGAGAUGAGACAUGAUGACAGGAAACUGAGGCCCAGGGCAUGGCAGGUUCCCCAAGGGGCGCCCUGAAGGCUGGAGUCAGAGCUGGGGUGCUGGUCCCGCCUGUGAGCAUGCAGAUCUGUGCCAGGAUGGCUCCCCCAGGUCCCUGCUCUGAGGCCGGCAAGGCCCUGAGUUCCCGGAGAGAGAAGGCGUGCCUGGUGAGGGCCAUCGCAGUCCUGCGGGGGCAACAGGCGCUGGCACACAGGUCCAGAAAAGAGGCCAGCACACCCACACCUCGAUCUCACCAAGCGGCCCUUCCCUCCCUCAGCUCAUAGGAACACCCCUCCCAGAGGGAGUGCUGCACCCCAACUCCCUGGAUGACCUGUGUUUGGGGAGACAGGAGUGUAACGGCCUUUGGUGAGGGGAUGAAGUCUUGUUUAAAAUAUUUGCGACCAUCCUUCUCUUUCUCCCUCCCCCUCCCAGCUCCAGGAGCUCCUCAGGCAUAGCCAUGGGGGGAGGGGGGGCCAGGGCCUUGUGUUUACUGAAGGCCUACUGUGUGCUUAGAAUGUGUUAGUCACGUAGACACACCAUCUCGUAGGGACCGAGGUACGAGGGUAUAUUCCCCCCACUUCAGAGUCAGCAGCAGUGGCUGCCGUCACGCCACCCCUCUCCCGAGCGCCCCCAGUUCUCCAUCUCUAAUAAACCGCUAAGCUGGCAUUCAGGAGCAGCAUGGCCUGUGGGGUGUUGUGGAGCCUCGGCAGCCUCACACCCCCUCCCCGGUUGGGCGGGACCACCAUCAGCCCCAGCGCUAGAGCCCUGCUCUAUGCGGUUGGAAGAGAAGAGUGGCUCCUUUGGGCUGACAGGGGACCCCCGCCCCCGGCAGAGUGUCUCACAGGAGCCUGGGGCCAUGGCUCAGGGGCGCCUGGCCUGCCACCUCCGGAGCCAACGCUGACACCAGAGUGAGGGUGACCGCCCUCAGCACUCAGAAUCCCCACGCAGAUGUGAACGCUCAUGCGGCGUGGAGACAGUGGUCUGGGCAUGGAGGCCUGGCCAGGUGGCAGGAAACGCCUCUCCCGCCCGCCCAUGCGGCCUCACGCAUCACAGAGCUGCCGGGGCAGGGAGGAGGUGCCCGGCUGGUGGAGCUGACUGCCUCCUGCCUGCCUUCCCUCCCCUCUGUGGCCGAUACCGGGCUCUGGGUGGGCACAGUGUGAGCUGUCUCAGGCCUAGAAUCUCAUCAGGCUGCCGCCCAGUGCACGGCCCCAGGCCUGGCCCUGAGGAGGGGUGGGGUGACAUGCAGGGCGAUGUGCCUCCAAGAUCCUCAUGCCCCACGGCCACUGUUGGUCUUGGGAUCUGCCACUUCCGGUCCAUCUUCAGGGGUUCAAGGUGGGGGGUGUGAAUGAAAAGUUACUUUCACCACCACCCACCCUGCUAUCAGCCCUGAAAACACUCUCCUUACUGGCCACUUUGGGCUGGGGACAGAACUGGAGAAGGGGAGGUGGUUUGAUGGCUAAGGAGAACCCCACAUUUUGUGUCACCACUGGGUGGCGCUCACAUCUGCCAAGGAUGCUAGUGAUCGAACUUGAGCUUGCAUGAGGGUCGCCUGCGGGGCACCUGGAGGGUUUUUAGCAGAUUACUGCCCCCUCUUUCCUCUCCCCCUCCCCCAUCUUCAGAUCAGAGGGUGGAGCCAAGGAUUUGUGUCUCUAGUUCCCAGGUGAUGUGGGUGCUGCUGACCUGGGGUUGCACCUGGAGAGCCACUGCUUUCGACCACAGCCCUGAACCACCUUGUGUGCCACAGCCCCGGGGCUCAGUCCCCUCCGGGUGUGAGGCUUGGGUCCCACUCUGUGAAACAGGCGGCUGUGGGCAGUUCACCGCCAGCCAGGACCGUGCCUCCCUGCGUGCGUUCCUGCAGCACCUGCCCCACCUCCGCUUGGAUUGAGGGGCCGCCUGAGCCCCUCUGUGACCCCGGCUGGCAGAGCAGUGCCGGGUCCUCUUCCCUGAAGGGAACAGGUCCACAGUCCAGUCCCCUUUCCCACCCGCUCCGGCCCCACGCCACUCUCGUCGCCCCUUCUCUCUUCCAGCACAGUGCUAGGCCUGUGCCCCUCCCGCGGCCUCCCGCGUCCCCUCUUCCCCGCCGCGUGAGCACCACAGACACCCGUGCCAGCGCCACAAGUCUGUCCAGGCAGCCAGUUCCUCCUGAGGCCAGACAGGCUCCUGGGGAUCUGGAACUGGCGGUCCUGGAUAUGGGCUGUCACAAUACUCUAGAGACAGGGAAGUCGCCUGACUCUAUCACAUACAGAGAAACUGCUCUCCCCGUAAACAGCCCCUCCACCGCUGGUCUCCGUGUAAGCCAGCCUCGGGGCCAGGGGGCACAAUAAUAAAGGAGCUGCAUCUGGAACUACCUGCUGCUG